AUGGUACUUUGCAGGAAUGCUACUUAUGUUUAUACUACCGAAUAUCCACCGUAUUAUCAGUACCAACCGAUACAUUCACCAACACAACAAACUUACGUUAUUCAGCAGCAGGGUUCACCAGGAUCUGUAGAGGAGGAUGUUGGAGCUCAGUUGGGUCAUACAACACGUGCUUCACCUGCUACUAUCCAGUGGCUAAUAAAUAAUUAUGAACCAGCUGACGGUACCUCUCUUCCUCGUUGUACGCUUUACAGUCAUUAUAUUAAGCAUUGCAAUGAAAAUAAGCUCGAACCGGUAAAUGCAGCUUCAUUCGGCAAGCUUAUCCGGUCAGUAUUUCACGGUUUACGUACGCGCCGGCUUGGUACACGCGGUAACUCGAAGUAUCACUAUUACGGGAUUCGGAUUAAACCUGAUUCUCCGCUAAAUCGAGGUGCUAAUGGUGCGAUGGCAUUAGGUGAAGAUAAUCGGACAUCAUUAAUAUCCUCAGUGCAGUCUGUAAAUCAGAUACCACCAAGAAGCUCAUCUCGGCGUUCCGCUUUGGGGUCAAAUUCAGUAACUACUCGACGAACCAGUUCUAUUGCGAUGGAAACAGACACAAUGCUUAGCCAAGCUACAAAUUCCAGAUCUAGUCCACCUUCCACAUAUGAACACAGCAUAUCAUCGGAUCAUGGUACUUUCAGUUCAUAUCGAAAUCAGAAUGCUAAUUCUUCGAUGGGCGGAGAUAACUGCACAGAUAUGGACAGAGAAGUUCUUGGUGACGGUGAAGUGCCGCAUAUCGGAAUACCUGAUAUGCAAGGCUUGGAAACUUAUUUGCAACCGCUAGGGUUAACUUUACAACAUGCAGUGCGUUUUAUCGAAAGCUACACGACAAACUGUGCUGAAAUUUUGGAAUGCGUCAAACAGUUGCAUUUUGAUAUGGUAGAGGAGUGUUGGAUAACUUUUUGGCAGCCAGAAAAUGAUCAGGAAGAUGUGGACGAUGAAGAGUGCUCUAGUAAUGAUAAAACACCGAAGGGCCUCAGUCAAAUUCAACUAUUUCGUCUGUGUACAGUUCCUCAAAUGCAGGCAUUCGUCCAGAACAUGGAUUUUUCAUUUUAUCAAGUAGUUGUGGAAGUUUUGAUUCCGGAUGUAUUGAGCUCUAACGUGUCAGGAUCACUAACUUUACAAAUCCGUAAUUUUGCGAAAUCAUUGGAAAUGCAACUAAAGAAGGCAAUGCAAGGAGCUCCAGAUGUUAUUCAAAGGAAGAAACUUAUUGCUGUACGUACACUGGCGCAAACAUUAAGGCGAUAUACUUCCCUAAAUCAUCUAGCAUCUGCUGCACGUGGAGUCCUACAAAAACCGGAUCAAAUCCAUCAGAUGCUUCAUGAUUUUAAUCGAGUUGAUAUAGCCAGUGUUCAGGAUCAGGCUGGAUGGGUGUGCGAUUGUGAUCCAGUACUGGUAUCUAAUCUUCAGUCUGAUUUUCGAGAAAAUUUACAAAAACAAAAAAGUUUGGAGCAAUGGGCUGAGUGGAUGGAAGCUGUUGUUGAUCAGGUUCUAGCAAAAUACCAUGAUAAGGCCUAUGCUGUUUUGGCUGAUGUUUCGAAACAGUUUCUGAAGAAUUGGUCAUUUUAUAGCUCCAUGAUAAUACGAGAUCUCACACUUCGCUCUGCUCAGUCUUUUGGUUCUUUUCAUCUUAUCCGUCUACUUUUCGAUGAAUAUUUGCUGUAUUUGGUGGAAUUACGACUUGCCAAAGCUUCCAAUAAGCCAGUCAUUUACGUGAUGACACAGGUAAUGGAGAAUAUUGUAUUCAAUGAAACGAAUGCAAUAGGAGCAGGGGCAGUGGAAAUUAUUGCAUCACAACCGAUCUUAACGUCAAAUGGUAUUAGUCUGCUUCCAACUGGUAAUAAUAGUUCGCAUUUCUUCAGUUCACUGGAAACUCAUCCAGGUGUAAAUAUUGUCUAUAUGGAUGAAAGGUCUGGUCAAACUCAGACUAUACAUUAUGUUGGUGUGGGGUCGAAUACGCCACCACAUAUGGAUACUUUGGAACAAAUUGUUCAAAGUAGUGAAAUGACAUUAGAGGAUGUGAAGGAUGAUCUCGAUGAAGGGGAGAGGAAAGAUUUGAAUCUCAUAUAA